AGGUUGUGUAGAAGCUUCUCCAGACUACUUCAAGUCUCCCAGAAACACGUAGAAGCACUUGGCAAGUGUGUAGAAGAUUCGAUACAAUUCUUGGUUGUUCUAAUCCACCGCCUUCUUUUGGCUAUAUAGACCACACUCCACAGUCACACUCCAAAUCAAUUGUUACGUAAUACGGUACUGCUUACAAUUCACAAAUCAUCCUCUCUUUUCACCUACGACUACCAUUCUAAUUUAGUCAUGGCGUCUUUGGCUCUCCGACGACUCGCCGGCAAAAACUUUGUUUCCGGCAGUAUUCUCCGACCACUUACCGUGAGUCGGUCCUUCAAUACCAAUGCUCAGAUGGCCAGGGUUGAUCACGAUCACGACCUUGAAGAUCGCUCUGACCGUGCUCCUGUCUCACGCCGUCGUGACUUUCCUGCUUCCUUUUUCUCAGAUGUUUUAGAUCCAUUCGCGCCAACGAGGAGUGUGGGGCAGCUGAUGAACCUGAUGGAUCAGUUGAUGGAGAAUCCAUUCAGAGGCAUUGGAAGUGGAGGAGCUGUGAGAAGAGGUUGGGAUGUUCGGGAGGACGAAGAAGCUCUUCAAUUGAAGGUUGAUAUGCCUGGUUUGGCCAAAGAAGAUGUCAAGGUUUCUGUGGAAGAUAACACUCUCAUCAUCAAAGGCGAGGCCGAGAAAGAGACGGAGGAAGAAGAGCAGCGUCGGAGGUACUCGAGCAGGAUUGAGUUGACUCCAAACCUCUACAAGAUUGAUGGUAUCAAGGCUGAGAUGAAGAAUGGUGUGCUCAAAGUUAUUGUUCCUAAGCUCAAGGAAGAAGAGAAGAAAGAUGUUUUCAAUGUUAUGGUUGAUUAAUGUGUUGUUGAUUAAUGUGUUGGCUAGUGUUAUUUCGCUAAUAUCAGUAUGAGCUACUAUAUCGAUUAAUCUUGUUAAGGGUUGAUUUUUGGUACUUUAUGCAAUCCUCCUCUAGUUUGUUCCAAAUAAAUUCAAUAAUCCAUGUUAAUAUGUUGCCAUGAAACUUUUACUUCUAAUGUAUAAUCAUCCUUUUUUUU